ACCACUUUCACAUCCAAACUCAUCACACAAAGCCUCAAAACCACAACGACAACUCUUGGUCCAUACCAACCACCACAGAUCGCUCAGACCAACCCCAAGAAAUACAGUUGAACACAUCAAUAAACCUGCAACAUGCCCAAGAACAAGGGAAAGGGAGGUAAAAACAGGCGUCGAGGAAAGAACGAAAACGACAACGAGAAGCGCGAGUUGACGUUCAAGGAAGAAGGUCAGGAAUAUGCACAGGUCAUCAAGAUGUUGGGCAACGGCCGGCUGGAGGCGUUAUGCUUUGACGGCGAAAAGAGAUUAGCACACAUUCGAGGCAAACUGCGGAAGAAGGUGUGGAUCAACCAAGGCGACAUCAUCUUACUCUCGCUACGAGACUACCAGGACGAGAAGGGAGAUGUCAUUCUCAAGUACUCUGCCGACGAAGCCCGUUCACUCAAAGCCUAUGGAGAAUUGCCCGAAAGUGCCAAAAUCAACGAGACCGAUACAUACGGUCACGAAGGUCACGACGACAAUAUCGAAUUCGACGAGGAUCGCGAUUCAGACUCGGACAAGGAUGUGGAUAUUGAUGAUAUUUGAACGGUCAAAGACCCAGCAAGGUGCAACACUACACACAAGAGGCGGGCAAUUUUCAUCAGCAGAAUAUCCCUCUAUCCCUCAACCGCUGUGUCAAGACGCAUCCACACUUUUACUAGCAUUCACAAAAUACGAUUGUUACGAUUGUGAUGAUCGAAGGAGUUUGGGAUCUCGCUUUAGAAGUGGCUUUUUCUUCUUCUUGUUCUUUGUCCUCGGGAAUCACAAUAUCAACUCUUGCUUGACAUGACA